AUGGCGCCGGGAGUGCGGUCGCGACUUCUGCCUGUCUCGAUCUUGCUGUGCCUAGCAGCCUUGUGUGCCCACCCCGCAUUCCUGUCUGUCAAACAGGUGAGAGUUGCACCCGCUGCAGUUGCCGCUGCAACCCUGGUUUCUCAAGCUGUGCGAGCUGAUGAUGAGGUUCCUCAAGCUGCGCCAGCUGUGGAGGUUGCACCAGCAGAGGUUCCUCAAGCUGCGCCAGCUGUGGAGGUUGCGCCAGCAGAGGUGCCUCAAGCUGUGCCAGUGGAGAGUGCCCCUGAGUCUGCUGGAACAAUUAUUCCAGCAUUUUGGGAUCCCAACUUCAAUUUUGAUGACUGGCUGUUGACUCCAGAAGCAGACUACUUCACAGUGCCGUUUGUCAUUAUUGGUUCCAUCCUGGUGCUUUACACCAUCCUGUGGGUUGGCGAUCGGCUCGCCGAAGGUCAGGGUCAGCCACCCACACCUUAA